CCGCGCGUGUGACUAACAAGACCCGCUCGGCCGGGCUCGCUACCUCACAGACCGGCUUGCGUAAGCACCGGAGUUAUCAUAGCGUACUGGCACUGCUUUGGUAGUUAGCUGUUGUGCUGUCACCGAGAUCAGUGCUACAACACUCUUGUCACCACGACAGGCAUUAGGGCUGAGCUACUUAAAACUCUGUGGGAUUAUUAACAUGGUCACGCUCCCCGAUUUAGUGUAGGCUUUCUUUGCAUAACGUCUGUAUCUGGUGGUGCUUGUGAGAAUACUUUGCACCUAAACCGGUCUUCAUGAGUCAUAACGUAGACUGUGUUUCGUCGAUGUCCAUUCCACACAAAGCAAGAUGCAGACCGAAGCGAGUGGACGUCGACGAACCUCUACCCAAGUGCGCGAGACUGAACGAUUCUCUUACCGACGCAUGUUCCAUAAACUCGCCGUCACCCCCGGUGCCCCACAGCGCUACUGCGCUACAGCAGGGACCCUCUCAGAUUGGAGUUUACUUGCUGCUGCCCAUCUCGGAUAGGAAUGGCGCAUACCGGGCUCUGGAUGUACACUCCGGGGGCGAGUCACUGUGCAAGGUGUUUAGCAUGAAGCAAUAUCAAGAUAAAAUCCUGCCUUACACCACCCUUCCUGCACACCAGAACAUUUCCAGCAUUGUGGACAUCAUCAUGGGAGACUGUAACGUCUACGUGUUUUUUGAAAGAGACUACGGAGAUAUGCACACCUUCGUCAAAGGCUGCAAAAAAGUUGAAGAAGACACGGCUGCCAGGCUCUUUUAUCAGAUCGUGUCGGCUGUGGCUCACUGUCACCAUUCAGGGAUUGUGCUUGGUGACCUGAAGCUCAGGAAAUUCAUUUUUUCAGAUGAGCAGAGAACCCUUUUGAAGUUAGAAAGUCUAGAAGAGAGUCACAUCGUGAAAGAAGGCGACGACUCGAUGUCGGAGAAGCAUGGCUGCCCAGCCUACGUCAGCCCGGAGAUUCUGAACACCACAGGGACAUACUCUGGAAAAUCUGCCGACGUCUGGAGUUUGGGGAUCAUGCUUUACACUUUGCUGGUGGGACAUUACCCGUUUCAUGAUUCUGACCCAAGUGCUCUUUUUUCUAAAAUAAGGAAGGGACAGUUUUGCAUUCCCGAAACGGUUUCUCCGAAAGCCAAGUGCCUCAUCCGCAGCAUCCUCAGACGGGAGGCUUGUGAACGGCUGACGGCGGCCGAAAUCCUCUUGCAUCCCUGGUUCCGGGAAGCUAUGAGAAGGGACUGCGUCCAGGAGGUCUUCCAGACGCCCGAUCAAACUGUGCCCGAAGUCCCUUCUCUUCAGGACGAUUUCUGCUCGUUCCUGUGCUGAAUGAGUGAACAACGCGUUCCAGUGUGUUAGGGGGAGCAAACCAUUUCAGCCUCAACUUCUCGUACUGUACUUUGGGUGUUACGCUUGUACCAAAAUCUGCCGAGGCUCAGGCCUAAUGAGAUGCCAGCCUUUGGGCCGAACGACACCUCAGCGAUGAAGAAAAGUGGAAAAAAAAAA